CGCUGUUAUCUUUUCUGUUAGAUAAUGAUGUUGCGUUCGCAGAGUCAACGCUCCAGUAAAUGGAAGUCGUCUGAUACUCUGCAAAACGAGAGCGAGAAUACCUCUUCUAAUGGACCCCCAUCUGAAAAUGGCAAACCUUUCAUCGCGUCAGUUGACGAUGCUGUGUCGAAUGCAAAAACGAAGACAGCAGGACUCCAAGACACGCGUGCCGCUCUAUCCGACAAGAGUAAUAUUACAAGACCACAGUUGCGAUCGGUUUUGGAUAAAAAAUCGGCCGUCAUUGUGAAAUCGGAUACGCAGGUUCAUGUGGACGUCGUGCAAACCACACCCAACGAUAAUAUACGACUCUCAUCCUCCACCACAGACAAUGAAAACGUGCAACGCCCUUUAGAGAACCCGACAACAAAAAUAACAGCCACCACCCACAAGGAAAAAACAGCCGAUGAGGCCCUUGUAAAAGAUUUCUUUGAUGAUAACAAGACCAGAUAUCCACGUUCGGCCGCAGAGGAAGUUGAACCUACCCCGAUUCUACCCAUCAUUGUUCCCGAACGAUUGCGCCAUCGUUUCCGCGGCGUCGUCGCUUCCGGAUUAGGUGACAAACGAUCAUCAGAAACCAUCGUCGACCACGACAACGACCACCCCCAGGAAUCCAAGUUCCAUGGAAUCGAUACCACCAAAAAAUCGAAAUACGUGCAUACCACCUCCAAUACACUUCAGGCUUGGCCUCAAACCUCCCGACGCGAAAAGUUCUUUGCUGGUAACAAACACUUUGAACCUCUUGUAUUAAAGGCUUACCCAGAAGCGCUGGAACGUGAAGCCAAACUGGGGUCUUAUCGUCAUCGAACGGAAUCCAAACACGACGAUUGGCACGAUCCCAUGCUCGCGUCCGUGUACGUUGAUGAUAUAUUUAACCACUUUCUGGAAGUGGAAAAGGAUGUCUUGGCCGAUCCGUUCUACGCGACCAAGCGACAACACGAAGUGACGUGGCGCAUGCGUAGCGUGUUAAUGGAUUGGGUGGUGGAAAUCCACUUCAUCUUUCAAUUGCUUCCUGAAACCUUGUAUCUUGCUGUAAAUAUGAUUGAUCGAUUCUUAUCCGCGCGCCCUAUUGCUCUCGGGAAGUUGCAAUUAGUCGGCGUCACCGCACUGUUCAUCGCCACCAAAUUUGAAGAAAUCGCCGCACCCAAUGUCACGGAAUUCCUCUCCAUGACCGACAAAACCGUGAAAGCGUCCGAUUUGUUGAAGGCCGAACGGUUCAUGCUCCAGGUCCUGGAUUUCAAGCUCUGUUAUCCUAAUCCUUUAUACUUUCUUCGACGUACCUGUGAAGUGAAAGACUUUGAUGUGCAUGUCUGCACUCUGUCAGAAUACUUUUUGGAAGUAUCCUGUGUUGAUCAUCGCUUCAUCGGCUAUCGUCCCUCCCAACUGGCGGAAGCCUCGGCUCUGUUAGCAGAACACAUGUUGACCAAAAAGGACUGGUCUGAUCAAGAGCUUCAAAAAACUUAUGAUUACGCCGAAGGCGAGGUGAAAACCAUUGUUAAUUUCAUGCUGGAUUAUCUCGCGCAACCAGUUCAACACGAUGCAUUCUUCAAAAAAUGGUCCUCCCGACGAUUCAUGAAAGCAAGCGUCUUUGUUCGUGAUUGGGUCAAUCGCUUCUAUAUGAACUAAAAAAAAACAACAAAAACAACCAACUUAUUUUACAUCAUGCAAAAACUCAUAGUCUUUUUUUUAUAUACUUUGUUAUCUCUUUUCUUUUCAAUGUCUUCAAUACAAUACAAUCAUUUCACAC